GAAGGUGGCGCUGGGCUCUGGGCACCGUGCCACCACCACACCGACCUCCACACACCGGCUCUUCAGCAACCUGCGGGUGAUGUCACGGACACAACAUCCAGGUGUUAUACAGUCUGUAAUGACAGCUUGUUUAAAAGGACUAAAUGAACGUGAGCGCCACUUCUCUCCGCGGUCGGCUGAUUCCUUGAAGCACCGAAGUUUCUGUGUAGGAAGGAGUUUCGUUUCCGCGGACUUCCCCAGCUCUCAAGCUACCAGGAAAUACAAGUGAAACAGAUCCUCUCUCUCACACACACACACACACUACUCAGCUGGACUACGGUGUAAACUGACAACGUCCCGGAUAACAUGUCAGCUACUAUUUGUGCUUUUAUCCUGACGUUUUCAACACUAUGUGGAUCCAGAGUGGUGUCAGGAGUCCUCAGUGGACCCACAAAUGUCAGCCUGACCUCCUGUAACAUGGAUCUGGUGUUGAGGUGGGAUCCACCUGAAGGGGCACCCAGCGGCCUGCUUUACACAACUGAGUACUACACCCCAGUCACACAAUCCAAAUUGGGCUGUGUAGACAUCUCCGCUCUUAAAUGUGACUUCACCAGCCUCAACCUUUCCAUCAGUGAACAUGGAAAGUAUACCGGUAGAGUGUGGGCACAGCUGGGGCAAGAGAGAUCUGCCUGGGUGGAAAGUAACGAGGUUACCUUGGACAAAGAGACCAUCAUUGGUUCGCCCAACGUCACUCUUUUCUCCAAUGGGGCUACUAUCGAAGUCAGCAUUAAGGAUCCAGUGUUCAAGAUCUCAGCAUUCAGAAAUAUUUUCAAAUUCGCCACCUACAGCAUUACCUACUGGAAGGACGGCCAGAAUGGAAAGGCCAAAACUAUCAAAGACAUACUCCAAAACCGGGUAGUUCUGACUGACCUGGACCUCUGGACCACAUACUGUGUCCAAGUCCAAAUUGAGACAGUCAGGAACCUCAACAACAAGCCCAGCAGAGCUGUCUGUGAGAGAACCACCAAGAAAGAAGAGGCUCCGUGGGUGGCAGCCUUGGUGACAUUUGUGUUCCUGGCAGUGGUGGUGACUCUGGUGGUGGUUGCGGUGGUGUAUCGAAAAAGUAUAUCACACUUUCUCUGUCCAAAAGAUGCGCUGCCUCAGUAUCUGGUGGCGCCCCCCAACUCAUCCGUCUACACAGCCAUACGGAACUCCCACCCACCUGAAGAAUUCUACGACCAAGUCUGCAUUGUUGCAGACGACCAGACUGUGGAGGAAGGGUGCCCUCCAGAGGCAGCAGGGACUAACCGCAGCAAAGAGACUGACAUCUCAGUCGGGUAGAGAUAGAGGAGAAAGAGGAGAGAGGCACAGAAAAGCACAGGGGCGAUGAAGAAGAGCCGAUCUGCAUCCUGCAGGGACUUCUGGGGAUUUUCAGCAGGGCCAACUUUAAAGACACUGAGAAACGGUGAAAGAGGCCAUUCUUGCUCGAGUUUUAAUUCUGCAGCAGUCCGUAAAAUUCCUCGGGAGCAGCUGUUACUUUGAAGUGAUUGUGUGGCAAAUCCACAGAGACGUUUAGAUACAGGAUUGAUACCUCAUCCAGGUGAACUUGUUGUGCUGUGCAGUCAAAAUACAGUACUUAACUGAAGAAGCAUGGCACGCCCAGAGGAGCUGCCCACACUAAAGUAUUUAAGGUGCCAUUGUGCUAGAAGAUGUAUGAUUCUAUAUGAUGAAUGUGGACUAAACUGCAUAAUCAAUAAGUUAUUCAUCAGGCACAUACAUGAAGCUGUUUCAAAUGCCUCAUUGCGGCAAUAUGAAGGUUCAGAAUUCAAAGGUGAUAAAAGUGUUUUUUUAGCUCAAAGGUUUACACAUUAAUGUUCAACUUCAAUAAAAUAAUUAUUUUAAACAUCUGC